AUGGGAUCAGAGCCGAUGGAGAUGCGAAAGAGGCAGAUGUCGGUGCAGCAGGAAUCGGCAGCGGGGGGGACUGCACCGGCCCACCAGGGCCAGCUGGGCCAGGCCAACCAGCGGGGAUCCAACGCCUGUUGCUUCUGCUGGUGCUGCUGUUGUAGCUGUUCCUGUACUUACUGUGUCUGUCUUGUUCUUAGGAACGAAGACGGAGACGAAAGGAAUCGGAAGGCAUCGUACGACGUCAAGGAAGGGACCUCCGACUGUGAAGACUGCCCCAAACCCACGUUGGAGGAGGUGCGCUCGUGGGGCCAAUCCUUCGACAAGCUUAUGAGCUGCCCGGCUGGACGCAAUUCCUUCCGCCAGUUCCUGCGCACCGAAUUCAGCGAGGAGAACAUGCUCUUCUGGCUCGCCUGCCAGGAAUUCGCCAAGGAGAGCAACAAGGGCUCCGUGGAGGAAAAGGCCCGCGUCAUCUACGAGGACUACAUCUCCAUCCUCUCGCCAAAAGAGGUGAGUCUGGACUCCAGGGUGCGGGAGUCCAUCAACCGGAACAUGCAGGAGCCUACGUCACACACGUUUGACGACGCCCAGCUGCAGAUUUACACUUUAAUGCAAAGAGACUCGUACCCACGCUACAUGAACUCUCCUGCCUACAAAAACCUGCUCAACGCUCUGUCCGAGCAGUCGCCCGAAUCUUAA